GGUCACAUCCUCAAUGCCCUUCCUUUAUUCCGGAUUGAUUGAAGUUAAAUUUGCCCCGCAUGGUACCAAAACUUGGUGCCUUUCCCCUUUUAGUACCACUUGUUUUUUUUUCCAAAAAUGGAACUAAUUUGCACCCGAUCUCCCUAUUUUACCCUCUUUUAUUUACAUCUAAAUUUCACCUUCUUCUCCGAUUCAAUUUUCCGCCGCGCGCUCUCUUCUUCGUCUUUUUGCAAAUCGAUCAUACUCUUCUCUCUCAAAUCAAUGUCUGCUCAACCUCCUUCAUAUCAUAUAUUGCUGAAUGUUGAUGGCGAAUGGAGUGAUGAUUCCUCCUUUCAUUCUAAACGUAACUGUGAGUUGGAAAUCCAUUCUGAAAAUUCUUUCGCAGACCUAAUGAACGCUGUUCGUGUAGCGAUUGGUGACGAUUGUGCGCAAUAUGAUUUUCGAUUUUCGUAUUUGUUGCCAGUUUGCCCUCCUCCUGUUGUUAUUGAUGAUGAUUCCAGUUUUCGAUUUUACUUGCAACUGAAAUCCUUUUACAGAGAUGUUGUGAUGUUGCCAUUAUGUGUUCAAUUCUUCCCCAAUUUGCUCAACGCAACAUCAAAUCCUGUUUUGCCUUUGAUUUCACAUGCUCAAUCUAGUCCUCAGCCUCCAUCGUCAAUGUCUUUGAAUUUCAGUUUAGAUGACAAUCAUUCAAUGCCUACUAGGGACAUUGCGCUUGUCAAUCAUGUAAACACUGUUUCAUUGAUAUCUGAAUCUGGUCCCCAGCCUCCGUGGUCAAUGUCUUUGAAUUUUAGUUCAGAUGACAAUAAUUCAAUGCCUACUGAGAAUAAUGUAGCUGCCAAUGAAGAGAAUACUGUCUCAUUUAUUGAUAAAUAUCAGCUUCUAGUUCAUUCUCCAUCUGCUUUUCAACCCGCACCUGCAUCUACUACUUCCACCUCAUCAUCAAUGCCGUUUAGUAUGGAUGGGACAAGUUAUGAUUCAGAAGACACUGAUUAUUCCAGUGGCACUCAUCCAGUGACAUCUGAUGAAACGUCAUUCCGUGGCUCUGCAAAAGCUGUUACAUGGAAGUUUAUUCGUGCUGCAAAGGCUGCAACUGUUCGUGAACGGAAUUGGUAUAUGAAAUUGUUAGAUGAGGAGGAUCCAGCCAUUCAGCCAUAUCUAGCACGCAUUGGAUUUUCGAAGUGGUCUCAGGCAGAAUCAGCAAACAAUCGAUACUCAAUCAUGACAUCAAACAACGCUGAGUCAAUAAACAGUGUUGAUGCUUCAGCCCGCGAGUAUCCCAUUGCACAACUUAUUGAUUUCAUAAUUGUGAGGAUGCAAAAAUGGUUCCAUGAAUGGAGAACCUUGGCUAAUUCUACGUCAUCUAUUCUGACAAGGCAUUAUGAAGCAAAGUUGAAUGAGCUACAUGCUUCGUCUGCAGUCAUGAGUGUUCGCCCAUCAUGUGAGUAUGAGUUCCAGGUUUUGGACACCAAUGGAAGGGCUUUUGUAGUUAAUCUUCGGUCCAGGACUUGUACUUGUUGUGAGUUCCAGACCGAUCACUUCGUUUGUGUUCAUGCUGUUGCAGCUAUUCGUACACGCCCAAGUGUUUCAUGCUAUGAAUUUAUAUCAAAAUACUACACUACUUCUGAGUGGAUUGCAGCAUAUGAAGGCAUUAUACACCCAUUGGCUAGUAGAGACAGUUGGGUUGUUCCAGAGGUUAUGUCGGGUAUUUUGUGUAGACCUCCCUCAUGUUCUAAACGCCCACCUGGAAGACCCAAGAAGCGGUGAAUUCCAUCUAGGGGCGAGACUACGAGCAGGAAAUGUUGCUCCUGGUGUACAAUGCCUGGACAUAAUAAAAAAACCUGACCAAC